GAUGCGUCGGCAAACUCUUCCAAUUGAAGGCCUCCCGGCCUGGGCCCGCCUCAAUGAUGUGGUGUUUCACGAUGUCAAAGUCACUCGCACUGAGAGAAAGGGCUACGGAAUGGUGUCUGGAACGGAUCUGAGCGUCACUGAUGACACGACCGACAGCCCGACUCUGCUCGCCGUUCCACACGCCCUCGUCCUCAACGCCGAAGCCGUCAGCGAGUACGCCAAGGAAGACAAGAAUUUCAGGCAACUUCUGGAUGCGGUUGGCCAUGGUUCCACACGAACCGACGCGCUUUUGUUCCUCCUCGUUCAGACGGUGCUGGCUUCCCGAUCCAGCCAUCCCGCCGUGGGUGUGUCUAACCCUUGGACCGAGUACCUCAAGUUCCUGCCCGAGACUGUCCCAGUCCCUACGCUAUGGACUGAAGAGGAGAGGCUUCUCCUACGCGGCACUUCCCUCGAAACGGCCGUCGAUGCCAAGAUCUCGGCUCUGGAUGCCGAGUUCGGCCUUGUCAGGGAAAAAUCGUCUGACAUUGUCGGCUGGAAUGACCUACUCUGGGGCGCGGAAGGCGCCUCGGCUGUCAGCUUUAUGGACUGGAUCCGUCUCGACGCGCUGUAUCGCUCCCGCUGCCUUGAGCUGCCAAGAUCCGGGGAAUCCAUGGUCCCCUGCAUCGACAUGAUCAAUCACUCAGCCACGCCCUCAGCUUACUACGACGAGAACCCCAGAGACGAGGUGGUCCUGCGGCUGCGGCCGGGGACCACCAUCUCGCGAGGCGACGAAAUCACCAUCAACUACGGCGACGCUAAGUCCGCCGCAGAGAUGCUCUUCAGUUACGGUUUCAUCGACCGGGAGACGGCGAUCAACAGCCUGGUGCUACCGUUGGCCCCUUUUCCCGACGACCCGCUCGCCAAGGCGAAGCUUGUCGCAUUCGGGGAGCCGCCCAGAAUCCACGUGUCGCGGGGUAGAGGGGAGAGCACGGGUGCCGGCGAAGGGACCUUGGCCCCCACCCGGUGGACAAGCCCAUUCGCGUAUCUCAUGUGCGUCAAUGAGGAAGACGGGCUUGAAUUCCGCGUCCUGCAGCAGACGGACGGGGAGCAGCAGCUGCGCGUCUUCUGGCAGGACGAGGACGUCACGGAGCGUACACGCGACUUCGAGACGCUGGUCCGGACACACCCCCUCGCGGCCGUUCUGAGGCUGCGUGUCGUCACCGUUGUCGAGGAGGCGUUGCGGGCGCAGCUCGAGCGGCUUCGCUCGGCUCCCGCUAUCCCAGUUCCGGUUCUGAACGGAGAACAAGAAGACGCUACUGCUCCCCGGCUGAGGGAAGAUUGCGUCAGGGCUGCGGCGACGUUGCGCGACAUUGAGGCGAAUAUUCUCGAAGACGCCAUUACAGUGCUGGACCGCGAGUGGUGUAUUAUUAGAAGCUUACUACUGACUGACGAAAACGUGGUGGCUUAUCUCGGGCUGAAGGAAGCUGCCGAAUCGGGUCUGGCGAGCGAGGAGGCGUCCAAUGAGCCAGAGGAUUUCAGCUGAUCGUUUCGCUUGGAUGUGAGACACCUCGAGUAAUUCUCGUCUUUCUUCGAUUCUUGCCACCACUCGCGUGCAAUGUCAACCAAGUCUUGCUCGUGAACCGCAUCUGAUGGUCCCAGGAGCCGAUUAUACACUACGGGACGCCACUUUAAAGUGUGCAGUGUACAUAGUAAGAGACGGAAAGCAGGAAGAUGGGCGACAUGGUCGAUCUCGCU